AGAAAUCGUGUGGUCAAUCAAACCCUAGAAGAAAAAUGAUGGUUCAGAUAUUUUCAUUUGUCAUACCAAAAAAAGAAAAUCAUUUUCCCCAGAAAGGGCGAAAUUCUCUGGCUUUUACCCUCUCCUCUGAAAUGAAAUGGGAUAUGGAGAUCGAGGAAAUCGAGGCGGUUCUCGAGAAAAUCUGUGACUUACACGACAAGCUUAGCGACGCCAUUCACUCCAUUUCGCGAGCCCACUUCAUUAAUUCCAUCAAAGCCCUCAGAAAUUUCGAAAAUAAGAAGCUCUUCAACGAUGUCGUCGGAGGCGACGAUAAUCGGACCGGCUUUGUUUUCGUCAAGGAAUUUAGAGUCGACGAUGGUGACUCCGCAAUUCAAGAGGCCAAGAGUCUUAAUGCUAUCCGAACCGCUCUCGAGAAUCUCGAGGACCAGCUGGAAGUUUUCCAUACAGUACAAAUGCAGCAGCGGGUUGAGAGAGAUGCCGCCAUUGCACGAUUGGAACAAAGCCGGAUAAUUCUCGCAUUGAGAUUGGCCGAGCAUCAUGGAAAGAAGUACAAAGUAAUCGAUGAAGCUCUAGCUUUUGUGGGAGAUGUACAUGAUGCUAGCCGUUAUGUCUCAGCCGAAAACCUUUACUGCACGCCAAACAGUCCAUCCGGAGAGAAUGUUGCAUCACACGAAGGGAAGCGCUCUAACACGCUAACCAAGAUUCUUGUUUCCAGCUUCAAUUGUGCAAAGAAAUCCCUGAAUUUCGACCAUACGGGUGGGAUGCUAACCAAUGCAGCUAUAUUCACGGUCAGCAUGAUAGCGAUGAUGUAUCUGCAACGGAUUGCUCUUUCAGAACAUUCAGGGAGACGAGAAGAUAACAUCGACAACCGCAGGAACACGAAAAAGAAUUCCCGACUCGAAGGGUCAUCAUCCUAUGAUCAUUCGAGCCACUUAGAUGUGUAUUUAGCCCGGGGUUAAGGCAUGUUAAGACUUGAUCCUGAUGUCCACGUGGCUAUAAAUAAUAAACAACAAGAAGAAGAGCAAUUGCUUGAGUUGACUGGGGCUGCGAUUCGGUACAGAACUCCCCAUACAAACUUCACGUGUUCAUCACAUGGUUGCGUAUUUGUCCCAUUCAUUUUCUUAUUUCUUGUACGGUCUGGAUCCACCUUAUAAAACCAGAUGUCUCGGAGUCUAAGUAAGCAUGCGAAUGUGAUCAGAACCUGAUUUAGUGG